AUGCUCGCGGCCAUCACGAAUGGGUAUGAGUCCCAUCAUACAAGGACCUCUAUCCAGAAACUUACAGCAUCUCUUAAUGAUGGCAAGAUCCAUCUUCUCCUAGCCUGCUCAGGCAGCGUCGCCACCAUCAAGCUACCCAACAUCAUCCAGGCACUCUCCAAGUACCCCUCAGAUCAACUCUCCAUCCGUGUCAUCCUGACGCCGUCGGCCUCACACUUCCUAGCUGGCCAAUCUAAAGAACAGCCUACUAUUUCCGGCAUAAGCCAUCUUCCUAAUGUCGAUGCUGUUGAUGCCGAUGAGUGGAAGGUUCCUUGGGUAAGGGGUGGUGGAAUCCUCCAUAUUGAACUCCGCCGUUGGGCUGACCUACUUGUCAUCGCACCUCUUAGCGCCAACACAUUGGCAAAAAUAACAGGGGGCUUUGCCGAUAGUCUCUUGACAUCUGUCGUGCGCGCAUGGGAUCCUUGGGGUGAACUAGAUACAAAUGCCAAUAGCACCAAUACAGCCGUACAAGGUUCGACAACAGUGAUUCCAAUGACCCAGGAGGGAUCCAUAGGAGCAAGCGGUAGCAGAAGAAUCAAAAAGCGUCGUAUCAUCGUCGCACCAGCGAUGAACACAGCAAUGUGGCGCCAUCCCAUAACGGCAAAACAACUGCGCGUUCUAGAAGAAGAAUGGGGCGUCCGGAACACCUCAAUCGCCAAAACAGAAGCACACAACGGAUCAGUGCAACCGCCCCAGGAGAUAGACCAAGCAAGCCCAGACCAAGAUGAGGGCGACGGCUGGUUCGAGGUUCUCCGGCCCCAGCCCAAAGUUCUGGCCUGCGGCGACUCUGGAGACGGCGCCAUGCUCGAGUGGUCGCAGAUCGUGACCGUUAUCGAGGAGCGUCUUGGCUUAGGGGCGUGA